CUUCCAGCCUCUUCAAUGCAAAACAUACCCAGAUAGGAGCGAAGGGAACCGUAGUGUAAAUAGCGACAUAUUCAAACCUCUCGCGCUCUCCUUUCCUCUGUCUCCUUACAUACCAACACGCGCCUAGCUCUCUUUUUCUCUGUCUCUCACACAUACUCUUUAUAAACAGUAUAUAUUUAUAUAUUUGUACAUAUAAUACCGUUAUAAAUAUAAAUAUUCACGCGACUGCUAUACCAUAUUUCCAUCUAGAACAACUUCUACUCUUGGGUAAGAUGGCAACGUUGACGAACGGACAGGCUGACAACCCGAGCCUUAGCAGCAGCCACAGCAGUGCUAACACCAACGGGCACAUGAAUGGAUUAAGCCACAGUCCCGGGAAUCCCUCCACCAUCCCGAUGAAGGACCACGAUGCCAUCAAGCUUUUCAUCGGACAGAUCCCGCGCAACCUGGACGAGAAGGACCUCAAGCCCCUGUUCGAGGAAUUCGGCAAGAUCUACGAGCUGACCGUACUAAAGGACAGGUUCACCGGCAUGCACAAAGGCUGCGCCUUCCUCACAUACUGCGCCAGAGAGUCGGCCCUGAAAGCUCAGAGCGCCCUGCACGAGCAGAAGACUUUGCCAGGGAUGAACAGGCCCAUCCAGGUGAAGCCAGCCGACAGUGAAAGCCGAGGAGAAGACAGAAAACUGUUUGUGGGCAUGCUCAAUAAGCAGCAGUCAGAGGACGACGUGCGCCGGCUUUUUGAGUCCUUCGGAAACAUUGAAGAGUGCACCAUCCUGAGGGGCCCUGACGGCAACAGCAAAGGUUGUGCCUUUGUGAAGUACUCCUCCCACGCAGAGGCCCAGGCUGCUAUCAGCGCCCUGCACGGCAGCCAGACCAUGCCGGAUAUCUCAGCUGACAGCGUAGUCUCGUUCCCGGUGGUGUGGCAGGGACAGCAAUACAUCAGACACUUAUACACACAAGAUGACUAUUACAAGGGCGCCUCCUCCAGUCUGGUGGUGAAGUUCGCAGACACAGACAAGGAGCGCACUAUCAGGAGGAUGCAGCAGAUGGCAGGACAGAUGGGAAUGUUCAACCCUAUGGCCAUCCAGUUCGGGGCUUACGGAGCCUACGCCCAGGCACUGAUGCAGCAGCAGGCCGCGCUCAUGGCCUCCGUCACGCAGGGCGGAUACCUCAACCCUAUGGCCGCCUUCGCCGCUGCUCAGAUGCAGCAGAUGGCAACGCUGAACGUCAACGGGCUGCCAGGAGGACCCAUGACACCCACCUCAGGAGGCAGCACACCUCCCGGGAUCACAGCACCCGCCGUUCCCAGUAUUCCCUCUGCCAUCGGAGUCAACGGCUUCACUGGCCUCCCGCCACAAGCCAACGGGCAGCCCACUGCCGAGGCCGUGUUCGCCAACGGCAUCCACCCCUAUCCAGUUUUACAGGAGGUAAUAUUUAGAGAGGAUGCGCAGAAGCAGGAUUCGGCGCUUGCACACAGGAGUUGUUUUGGAUCACAGGGGAGUUGCUUUCUGGCCACUCUGAAUGAAGCCCAGAGCCCCACCACAGCGGAUCCCCUUCAGCAGGCCUACGCAGGAGUGCAGCAGUAUGCAGCAGCCUACCCUGCAGCGUACGGGCAGAUCAGCCAAGCAUUCCCCCAGGCUCCUCCCAUGAUGGCCCAGCAGCAGAGGGAAGGCCCAGAGGGCUGUAACCUGUUCAUCUACCACCUCCCCCAGGAGUUCGGAGACAGCGAGCUCAUGCAGAUGUUCCUGCCUUUCGGUAAUGUCAUCUCCUCGAAAGUGUUUGUGGAUCGGGCGACAAACCAAAGUAAAUGCUUUGGGUUUGUGAGUUUUGACAAUCCAGCCAGUGCCCAGGCUGCCAUCCAGUCUAUGAAUGGCUUUCAGAUUGGCAUGAAGAGACUCAAAGUGCAGCUCAAGAGGCCAAAAGAUGCCAAUCGCCCAUAUUAACCACGCGGGACAGCGUGCACCUGGCACCAGAUGAUAUAACAGGACCAGAUUUUUGGAGUGGAAACGCAUGUACAAAAAAAAAUAAUAAUAAUCAAACAAAAAAUAAUAAAAAGCGAUGAAGAAAACAAAAAGUACCGUUGGAUACUGCUUUUGGACAGAUCAGCAUAACGUCAAUCAGACUGAAGGAUCUGUCUCACACUUCCUGUUGUAUUGGAGUGUGAGAGGCUGUUAAAUAUCUGCUUGGAAAUGAACAAUGUCCUUCUGCUUAGUUUUCAAUGCAUUGCAGCGUGCCGAGCAGAACAUGAAGGACAAGGAUGAUGAAACAAGACAAACAUUUCUUUUGAGGAAAGUGUGAAUUUGAAAAGACCUCGAGCUUUCAGAACACACAUGAAGCUGGAAAACAAAACAAAAAAAAACUAUGGAUCGCAUCGAGGAGUGCCUGUUUGUCAUCAAUGGAUAGCGUUGCCGUGGUGAUUCACAGCAGCAACAGUUACUAGGGAGUCUCAUUUGUCAUUCCUUAGCUAUUUUAGGGACCAAAGGACCAAACCAUUUUUAUUGCAGACUUGUAGCUGUAUAUGUAAUAUAUUGGAAGUUAACUUUGUUUCUCUUUACUGUUCCGUAAACAGUCUGAAGAGUUAUUAUAUAAAAAAGAAACUGUACAAAAAUGAUACAUAAAUACACACGCACACACACACACAAAUAUAUUGAUGAUAUGCUUUUUAAAAAUGGUAAAGUUAUACUUCUUUGAUACUAGCCAGGAGGGGAGGAGGCACUAUGAGAAUUGAGAUUAGAUUUCAAUCAGUUUUCGCGUGUUGGUCUCAGUGAGAAACUAGCUCCUCCCUUUACCAGGACAGGGGGAGGAUCGCAAGAAAACUAGUGCUUUACAAGAUUAAGGAUCUGAUUGUUUUUGAAAGGCUUUUUGGACCUCCCAUUUAAAAUCUUAUUACUGUCUGUACAGAAUCGAUACAAAACCUGAAAAAAAAAAUUAAAAAAAAUUAUAUAUAUAUAUAUAUAUAUAUAUAUAUCUU